UCUGGCAGAGUACGGACAUGGCCGACUGCAAGAUUCCCGUUUGUUUACGUUGACCAUGGAGAACGGUGCAGGCAACGAAAAACGUCCCAGUGAUCUGUCGCAUGUCGCAAUGGGUAGCAACAUGAACCUUUUUGAGGGCCGUGGAGUGGACCCUAAGAGCAAGAGAUUUCCUCACUGUAUUGUUUGGACUCCCAUCCCAUGUUUGACAUGGCUGUUUCCAUUUAUUGGACAUAUGGGUAUUUGCACCACAUCAGGAGUGAUCAGGGAUUUUGCAGGCCCAUAUUUUGUUUCGGAAGAUGACAUGGCGUUUGGGCAGCCCGUGAAGUACUGGCAACUGGAUGUCUCUAAGGCGAUCAACGGCAAAGAUUCCUGGGAUAGGUCAGUUGCGAAAGCGUCGGAGGAAUAUAAUCACAGAAUGCAUAACCUGUGCUGCGACAACUGCCACUCCCACGUGGCCAUGGCCUUGAACCUGAUGAACUACAAGGGCAGCUCCCGCUGGAACAUGGUCAACCUGUGCUUCCUCAUGAUGGUACAUUCCCGAUACAUCAGUGUUUGUGGCUUUCUCAAGACGUGGUUACCUUUCCUCCUUAUGGUCGGCGUCAUUAUAACAGUCGUGCUGGUGGCGUUUUGACGUCGUGUCCACCGCACAGGGUCCGGCCAUAGCCGUGGAACGCACCGGGAGCUGUCGUAGCGAGGAAUGAGGAACGAGGAAUGAGCUGGCCGCAGCUCAAUGUGGACCCAUGUUGGUGUAUGCAGGUGAAGGCUGCGGGAAUUUCAGUGUUGCGUUCAGCUCUCUCGUUACUACUAAUUGUGAGACGUACUGACAGAAUGAGUUACUUCUCUGAUUUUUUAGCCCUAUAGACAUACAAAUGCGACAAAUUUAUAAGUGUUGAGUUUUUACAAUUUUUUUAGUAUGAAAAUAUAAAAAGACAAGUUAAACUUGAAGGAAAUAGCAUCAGUUGGCUAUUACAGAUUUGACGCGUGUGCCGAUUUUCAGCAGAUAUCUCUUUUGGUGUAUUGCGAGAAGUAGCUCAGUCUGUCAACAUGUCUAACCGAUGGUCUGUGAAGGUCGGGCUGCCUCACUGGUCAGUUUCCACCUGGGACGGGUGUGAUUCCUACUGACUCUCUGAUGUGGUCUUUGGCGUGAAGGACAUUUCUACAUAAAUGUUGGUCACCUUGAUAAUUCAUUCAGAAACAGGAGCAAUAUUGGAAAACUGAGAUCAUCUCUUGCCCUCACAGUACAGAAAGUGGAUUGUUGGCGGGUGCUCUGGUGUGGUUUGCUCCUUCUUUCCCCCCAUCAAGCAUCCUGUCAUCCUUAUUUCUUUGUUACAUUUUUUUGGUUGUAUUCUACUCUUCAGCAACACGUAACUUCGACACUGACUCGUAUAUGACCUAUUUAUUUGCAAGUGCUGUAAAACAAAACUUGUUCUCAAACUAAACCAACUGCAUGGAAAUAGUGAGUGACCAUCAGUUGUACUGUGUGAUGAUGUUGCUCUGUGGUGUGAAGGGUGAGUAGGAGAAAACC